UUUGCUCUCGACUCAACCAACAUGUUCGCAAAUAAAGUGGUACUAGUGACGGGCGGUAGCUCCGGUAUCGGCGCAGCUACCGUGGAAGCAUUCGCUAAGGAAGGCGCUUCUGUAGCCUUCGUGGGAAGAAACCAAGCCAAGCUUAAGGAUGUAGAGAGCCGUUGCCAGCAGUACGGAGCCAACGUCCUGGCUAUCAGAGCAGAUGUCUCCAAAGACGAAGAAGCGAAAACCGUAGUACAACAAACUGUCGACAAGUUCGGGAAACUUGAUGUACUUGUUAACAACGCUGGGAUUCUUCGGUUCGCGAGUGUUCUGGAGCCGACUUUAAUACAAACUUAUGAUGAAACUAUGAACACGAAUUUACGUCCAGUUGUCCUCAUCACUAGCCUGGCUAUCCCUCAUUUGGUUGCAACAAAAGGGAGCAUAGUUAACGUGUCCAGUAUACUGUCUACAAUAGUAAGAAUACCAGGGAUUAUGCCAUACAGUAUGUCAAAGGCUGCUAUGGAUCACUUCACAAAAUUCGCAGCGUUGGAGCUGGCUCCUUCUGGAGUGCGAGUGAACUCAGUCAACCCUGGACCAGUUCUAACUGACAUCGCAUCUGGUUCUGGCUUUUCUCCUGAUCUGCUUGAAGAUACAGGGGCUCAUACACCGUUGGGGAAAGCUGCGCAGUCUGAAGAGAUUGCUAAUAUGAUUGUGUAUCUCGCUAGUGAUAAAGCUAAGAGUGUUACUGGGUCCUGUUAUAUCAUGGACAAUGGACUGGCGCUGCAGUAAUAUGCUUUGAAAGUUAAUAAAAAUAUUUUAAGGACAUUGAUUAUUAUGUUUGCGACAGUCGCGUGUUACGGAAUGAUGUUCACGAAUAUGAGCCUCUUGACUUACGAGCAUGGCUUGAAACUAGUCGAGUUCCUCGUCAAACAGUUAUGUUAGUAAGUAGUAAACAUAAUAAUUGAUAUAGUAUGUCUCGCGAAAGUUAUAAUAUAAAAAAUUUGAGGACACUUUAUCCUGACAUUAUAGACGAUGUCAUAUUAUAAACCUAUUUGAUUAAUAUAAUAAAGUCUUUAGUCUAUGUUAAUUAAGAUUCAGUGAUUAAACAAUUAUACUUAAACCAUAA